GCUGUCGCUGGCGGGGCGGGCCGGGGCGGGCCAGCCCUCCCCUCCUCGGUACCGGCGGCCUCGGCCUUAGAGAGGUUCUCACUUUGGCAGAGUACGAACCCUCCCCGCGCACUCCUGUGCGUAGGCGCCUGCCGAAAGCUGAGUAGAUGAGAUCAUUUCAUACUCUUCUUUUAGAAGAGGUGGUCAAAGGAAAUGGAUAGCUAUCCAGACUUCACUGCAAAGAACCUCUCAUAUUCAGCAAAUAUGUCUAUUUCUUUGCCUGGACAAGCUGGACUCAAUACCACCAGUGGUACUCCUUCUAUGUCAAUAAGCAGGCUUUUCCCAGCCCUGUUGGAAUGCUUUGGAAUAAUUCUUUGUGGCUACAUAGCUGGAAGAGCCAACAUUAUCACAUCAACUCAGGCCAAAGGACUGGGAAAUUUUGUGUCCCGCUUUGCACUCCCAGCAUUACUGUUCAAAAACAUGGUGGUACUUAACUUUUCUAAUGUGAACUGGUCCUUCCUGUACAGUGUUUUAGUUGCCAAAGCUGCUGUGUUUUUUUUAGUCUGCAUUUUAACAUUGUUGGUAGCCAAUCCUGAAAAUCGAUUUAGCAAAGCAGGUUUGUUCCCUAUUUUUGCUACACAAAGCAAUGACUUUGCACUGGGAUAUCCAAUAGUUGAAGCUUUAUAUCAAACCACUUACCCCGAGUAUCUCCAGUACAUUUACCUAGUGGCUCCAAUAUCUCUUAUGAUGCUAAACCCCCUGGGGUUUAUCUUCUGUGAAAUCCAGAAGUGGAGGGAUAAUCGCACUGUGCCACACAGCAAAAUCAAAAUAGUGGGCCUAGCACUCCUUCGAGUUUUGCAGAACCCAAUUGUAUUCAUGGUCUUCAUAGGAAUUGCCUCAAACUUUAUUCUUGGCCAGAAAAUUCCCGAAUACCUUGAAAACUUCCUCGAUGGACUGGGCAGUUCUUUUUCUGGCUCUGCACUUUUUUACCUUGGACUAACUAUGGUGGGACAAACAAAAAAACUGACAAAGGGUAUGUUUGUUGCACUGAUCCUUCUCAUCACAGCUAAACUACUUAUGAUGCCAUUUCUCUGUAGAGAAAUGGUGGAACUCUUGGACAGGAGUGACAGCGUGGUCAACCACACCAGUUUAUCAAACUAUGCAUUUCUUUAUGGAGUUUUUCCAGCAGCACCUGGUGUCGCGAUAUUUGCAAGUCAAUUUAAUAUGGAAGUGGGAAUUAUUACCUCAGGCAUGGUGAUAAGCACUUUUGUGUCUGCACCCAUUAUGUAUGUGUCUGCUUGGCUGUUGACCAUUCCAUCUAUGGACCCCAACCCACUGGCAUCUGCACUCCAAAACGUUAGCUUUGACAUCAGUAUCGUCAGCCUCAUUUCUCUGACCUGGUCUCUUAUUGUUGUUCUUCUGAGUAAGAAAUACAAACAGCUUCCUCAUAUGAUUACAACAAAUCUACUUGUUGCUCAGUUUAUUGCUUGCAUUGGAAUGGUGGUAUGGAAUUUCGUUGUUAAAGAGAAAGACAUCACCAUGCAGAUCCUAGUUUUUAUAUUUCUCUACAGCUCACUUUACAGCACCUACCUAUGGACAGGUUUUCUAUCUUUCUCUUUGUUUCUAUUGAAGAAGAGAGAAACAGUAAAGAUUCCCAUUGGAUUUAUCAUCAUAGCUGGAUGGGGAAUCCCAACAGUUCUGGUGGGAGUCUUACUAAUUGUUGGUGAACGUAACAACACUAGUAUUGACUCUGCCUUUUUCUAUGGAAAAUACCAGAUAAUUACCACAGCAGUGAUCCUGUUCAUCAGUAUAUUGAUGUCAGGCAUUUCACUUAUGUGCAUGAACAGAAAUAGGCAGGAGUCAAACUAUGAGGUGUUGAACCCAUAUUCACCACGAAGCCAAGUGGAGGAGGUUGAAGUGGGAGGGAGUGAGCAGAAACACAUUUCAGCCUCUGUGCCUCAGCCUUCUCCAGGGUCUUCUGCACAGCCUUCUCCAGGGUCUUCUGCACAGCCUUCUCCAGGGUCUUCUGCACAGCCUUCUCCAGGGUCUUCUGCACAGACAUCAGCAGAAAGGGUAGGUUGCUGUUCUUGUCAAACAACAAAUGGUGAAUUAUCCUGUGCUAAAGAGAGCAAAGCGGUGUCAAAUGCUGUUGAAUGCAAGGUUCCUCCAAUAGAGACAGUGGAUCAGUGUGUGAGUCAUUGCAGUGCUCAAACGUGUGUAUUGGCUCAGGAAGAACAGCUGCUACAGACUGGAGACAAACAGCUGGCCAGACAUGUGCUGCUGUGCUUACUUCUUGUUGUUGGCCUGUUUGCUAAUCUCUCCAGUUGUUUGUGGUGGCUGUUCAACCAAGAGCCCGGGAGGCUGUAUGUGGAAUUGCAGUUCUUCUGUGCUGUGUUUAAUUUUGGUCAGGGCUUCAUUUGCUUCGGUAUUUUUGGCUUAGAUAAGCAUUUAAUUAUUCUACCGUGCAAGCGAAGGCUUGCAUUUUUCUGGGGUGGAAGAGAAGCAGCAGGGCAUACAGACCCCUCUGUACCUGAGGAAAUCAGGAUGACCUGUCAACAGUUUGUUCGUUAUCACAGAGAUCACUGUGUCAAAAGCAUUGUCAGAGGCAGAAGGUGUGGUGCAAAGAUCUCCACUGGCAUCUUCUUUGGCUGUGACCUGGUGAACUGGCUCAUUCAAGUUGGCCUUGCCUCCGACCGUGGCGAAGCUGUGAUGUACGGGGACAGACUGAUGAAAGGAGGUGUCGUCCAGCACAUUACAAAUGAAUUUGAAUUUCGGGAUGAAUACUUGUAUUACCGCUUUAUUCCGAAGAGAUCAGUUGCAGUUGAGAGCCAUUGACCUGAGCAUGUAGGCAAGGGACAGGUAGUUAGGGGUAGAUGUGACCAACCUCUGCCUUCACCACUGGAACUGGAAGUAUUUCUUUCUCAGGGCUCUCAGGGAACUGUGCUAUUCUCUCUUGUAAGAUUGAGAGAUGUGGAUCUAUUUGUGUCUAUUUUGAAGGAAAUGGUAGCAAGUGAUACUUAGUGAGCAUUCCAACCAGAAUGCAACUAAACGAAACCAGAUGCUCUGGAUUUAGAGCAUUUUUUCCAUUCUGAGCAAAACAGAUAGUAAAAUUAUAUGUGUCACUGUUGUAUUUUAUAGGCAUUAUAACAGCAGCUUUAGUGACUGAUGCCACAAUGAGGAAGAAAAACCCCAUAAAAGGUAUUUUUCAUGUUGCUGAAUGUUUUCCAUAUUUUAGUGUGAUGAAAUAUCGAUGCCUGUUUACAGUCAGGCUUCCCCCUGACUUCAUAGAAGUAGGAUUUCUUCAAUCAUACCCCAGUUUUGACUAUUCUGCUCUUGUCUAACACCAGGAACUUUUUCUAGCUCUUUACACCUCAGAUCAGGUGGGUUUUUUUCUCCCUUAAAGAUAAAAUCCUCCAUUUAUAAAAGUGGAAUUGUUCUGACAAUGUUCCCAAUGUCAGAGGAUUAAAGCUGAGGAAAUACCAAGUGGAAUAAAUAAUGGUUUUGUACAAACCUACCAAAUCUCAAAACCAUAAAAACAUGCAGCACUCUUCCAAAUUAGGAAAUUACAUCAUAGAAUAAACAAUUUGUUCUGAAAUUUUGCCUUAUGUUGGUAGUAACAGCUUUGUCAAGAGUAGGUUUUUACAUUCUGAAAUUAGCCUUUACAGUUUAAUUCAGAAGCGCCAGCCUCAAAUAAGGAUUUUAUGGAAGCCUUGGAGACAUGUGUGAGUCAAGACAAAAUUGUUUUUCAAAUCAUGGAACUUUUAAAAUUAAAUACAAUGAUUUUUUAAAAUCUAUUAUAUAAAGAAUCCUAACUGAACAUCCAAAUUGGGGUUUAGAGUAGCUAAAGAUCCUAAAUUUUAGUUGGUUGCCUAACACAGGUUUCUAAUAGACCUCAGGUAUCCUCCUACAAUAUCUAAAUAAUUACUUUAGUGUCACUUAGAUUCCUGUGCACUGAAAGCAGAAUCUGAGAACCUAUGUGUCUUCUGCAGUAUUUUAAAAAGGUUAAAGACCAAGUGUUAUAUCUGAUAACCAUUGUGCUGCCCUUUUAAAACUGCAAGAACAGCAUUUAUAUGUCUAUACAAAAACUUUAUAUAGUGAGGGAAAGGAAUCCAGGUAUUAAAAAAAAAAAAUUUGCUCAAGCAUAUGAAUAACUUCUCUCAUCCUUGUUUUUAAAAGUCUUUCCCUUCUUUUUUUUUCCCUUUUUUUUAGUACACAGGUUUUUAUUCUACCUAAUUUUGCAUCCACUUUGUAUUAAGAAUUAAAAAUUAUUUUAGCAGCAUAAGCUCCUGUUCAAGUAGCAGUUGUUUUAUGGUUGCUAUAACUCCAUGCAGGACUUACAUUGAAAAAAUAAUUCCUUUUACUGUCAUUCUUAUUGCACUUUUGCAGUGUGCACAGAAACAUAACUGCAUUCUACUGUGUAUGUAUGCUAUGGAAACUGACAUAUUUUAAUGUUUUCCAGCAACAAAAUAAUUGACAUUUGUAUCAGGCUGUGUCCACAAAGGAAAACAGUAGUGUAUUUCCAUAAUAACUGCUGAAGACAACUGCAUCAAAUAUUUUGGAAUAAUUAGAUAUAUGUGACUAAAGAGCAGAAGCUGUGAGUAUGCCUGGCUUCUAAAUACUGUAAUUUGUCAAUAAAUCUAUUACUUGAUUUCA